CCCUCCCUCUGUGGUCUCUCUUUAUCACCUAUCACGUCGACAAUUGUUACUCGAACAGUUGUCUGAUCUGCCAUCAUGGCAAAUCCCUCCCCGAUCUUGCGGCAGCUGGGCUGCUUCAGGUCGUUGAUGAAGCCCCAGUCGCUUCAACACGCCCAGAUCAGUCGCCGAUCGAUCACGACCGCAUACACGCCCAAGUCACAGCCUCUGGAUUUCCCAUCCAAGAUGCCCAAGACAUUUCUGUCGCAAAUACCUACUCAUUUGCAGCCUCACAGCCGCAAGAAACUCAAGGUCUACCCUCCGCCGGCCUCCGCGACCACUACGUGCAAAGACGCGGUGGGAGCCGUGAACCAAUCGCAAUUAGAAACGCUUGACCCGACCGGUGAACGCAAGGCGCUCUUUGACUACCGACGGAACCCGCGCAGUGUCAAGGUUGGAGACAUUGUGCGCGUGACAUUCAAGAACGGAGACCCAUUCGCAGGAGUGUGCUUGAGCAUCCGGUUGCGAGGGCACGACACGUCAUUCUUGCUGCGGAAUCAGCUCAGUCGUGUUGGUGUCGAGAUGUGGGUGAAGGCUCUCAGCCCUAACGUUGAGAGCGUUGAGAUCGUCCAGAGAACCGCGCACAGGAAGAGACGUGCCAGGUUGUAUUACAUGAGACAGCCUAGACAUGACAUGGGCACCGUCGAGAACAUCGUCACGAACUAUCUCCGACAGAAGCAAGGCCUUCGGGGCAUCAAGGGACGUGGGGGACGUGGACAGAGACGGUGAACUGGGACUCCCAUGUAAACCAACUCUUGCAUUUGGCGAUUGUAUUAUUACUUGCACGUGUAUAUUGAACCUGACGUCUAGGUGUUUGUCUGGUAACUUCGGGUAUAAAGCAAUUCAAAGCAUCCUUCUGAAUGACCUACCGUGAUCAAUCCAACAAGGGUUUGUUUUCCCUAAUACACCCACUGCCUUUUGGCAAAUGGAUUGGCCGUUGAGUACAUGGAGACGAGGCAUCA